AUGAAGAUCGUGAAGUACUGCUCCCUCGUGCGGGUUGCAAGGGGGCCUGAAAACGCAGAGGACUUCCUCCGCCGCUGGCAGGCGAGCUUUGACGAGACUGAGCAUGGCACCAAGGGCAUCAAACACGGCGGGCGGAGGGGUGGCCGAGGGGCAGCACCCCCUGGCUCCCCCCCGCUCAGGUGGAAGGGGCCCUUUGAUCGGGUGCCCAUCUCCGAGCAGGAACCGAGGGGCCAUGUUCUGGCGCCAGACCUUCCCCCCCAAGCCGAGGCCGACAUGCUGCUGUUCGAGAGGUGUCUGUUCGUGCUGCGACGGGGCCACAUGUCCCUCCAGCCUUCGGCGCCGCUGCAGGAGCUGGAGUCUCGGGGUCUCCUGUCGCCCUCGCUCACCUAUGAGGACCCCUGGCUGCAGCUCAACGGCAGGGAGGCGGUGCAGCGCCUCAUGCAUCAGCUGGAGUCGGCGGGGAUGGAGCUGGAGCUAUGCAAGAUCUUUGGCCGCGUGACCUCCUUCGGACCCCCCCGCCCCGCCCAGGAGAUCCUUGACGCCGAGCGCGGCGCCUGUGGGGUGUGCCUGGGUCCUGCCGGGGCCCGGCCCCGCUUCGCCCGGCUGGCGUGCGGAGCGCCGGACCCGGCGGCGAGGCCUGACUAUGGCGGCCUGCCGCUGCGGGGCAUCACCGACCCCGGGCGGCGCGGCGCGUGGGGGAGCGGCGGGUACGCGCCCGUGUCGGCUCCAGCCGACGCCGCGCCGCGGCGGUGGCCGGAGAGGCACGAGACGGACGAGGUGCUGACCCGCGAGGAGGCGGAGGGCAUCCUGAGGAGCAUGCUGGGCGCCAGGUUUGACAAGACCAUGGCCCAGUUCUCGCGCGAGGGCAAGCGCAAGGGCGCUGCAGGCCGAACCCCGGAGAGGGGCACCCGCUGGAUGACGGGGGAGUGCCUGACGGCGAGCGUCACGCUGCGCUAUGCAGUCGACCCGGCGGCCUGCCAGGUCAGCGCGAUCACCUGCAACUGGGGGUCGGUGCACGGGGCGCUGCACGACGCCAUGGCAGCCUACGACAUCUACGUGCGCCAGGCGGGAGUGCUCUGGAUGGAGGACGAAGGAGCCGAGGAGGAGAGCUGA